AGAAGAGUAAAGAGCCGCUGACGUUUCCGAUUAUUUUUGCUCUUUAUCUCAGUAGUCUUUGGGACAAGGCCAUUCAUGCACGAUCGUCCUGAAGUUGCCGAGAAUGGAGGAAAAUAAGGCGAACUUACCAGCCUAGAUUAGUGGCAGUGAAGGCCAUUGAGAUCCUUGGAAUUUGGCCAACUAUUUUUUGUCCAAGUGCUUCAUUCCACUCGACUUGAAUCCAGUUUGGGGAGAGAGUUUUGUCCGGUCUCUGACUUGAUUGAGCGUGUUUCUGUGUGGAAAGUGGGUGUGACUGGACGCCCGAACACGAGGAAAAAUGGCCAGUUUAGGCAACGCCCUAGUGUCCAAGAUUUUGGGUCACAGUGCCGCCGAGAAAGCCUUUCGACCUUGGUGGGAUAAUGUCGAGGAUUUCCUCGUAUACGGAUUGGUCAUGUUGGGAUUGAUUGUUCUGCCCACGGCCAUUAUCAAUGGCACUCCCUUGGAUUGCAACUUCUGUCAACGCGAUCAUUGCGCCGGGAAGUUGGACACGAAUCGGACGGAGCCCCACGAAGAUCCGGGGUUCAAUGCCUGGUGGGUCAAGAAAUACUGCACCUUCACUUCAGUGGACGAGUUCAUACUCUAUUUUCCUUACAUUUUAUUGAUCAUGGCCUUGGUGAUUGUCCUCAUUGAGCGGGUCUUUGUCCGGAUGUUCAAAGCGGGUUUGAAGUUGGAUACGUUCUAUAACCUACUAGUUAAAGAAAGUUUAGAAUGUGCCACACCCGUCGGCGAGGUCACAGCCGAGGGUGUGACGGAAACCAUUGACGACUUGGAGAACUCUAAAAUAGCCCUGGAAGUCUCUCACAGCUUUUCUCGUGGAUCAAAUUACUUCUUGAGCUACUUGCUUCGAACCUUAUGUGAAUUCAUCGUGGCCACUGGUCUCUUGGCAUGGUUGGUAUGGAGGGGAUUCCCAUCCAUUCAGAAAGAGGAGUUCAUCUAUUGCGAUGUGCAUGGAUUCCAUUAUGAAUGUGCCGGACAUCCUCAGCAAUUCUAUAUGUACGUUCUCUUCAUGGUGAUCGCAAUCAUCGGGGUAUACCUCCUCUGUUGCUUCUAUAACGUCAUUUGGAUCUUUUUCCCGCAAAUGGGAGUCUUGAGUAGCGUCAUGAACGAGUACAGAGCCGAAUUGAGGAAGCAGGCCAACGCAAAAAAAGGGGCCCCUAAGAUAUCGGACAAGCAACUUCUGGGGGAAUUGUACGAGAUAUAUUACAACAACCGAGACUUAAAGUUGUUGCUGGAUCUGUUGGCCCAGAGUUCGGGGAUUGCUAUCUCCAUUCGAAUCAUGGCUCUCUUCGAUAAGAAAUUCCGGACCAAGUCUGAGCCCAUGGAUUUCAGUGUGACGAGAAGCGGUAACGAGGCCACGGUGGUCUUUUCCGAUCCCAGGACAGUGAAGGAGUUCUUCUUGAAGAUCCCACACGUUUCGAUCAUUUAUACACUUGAGAUCACGCCUCCAACUCCGACCAGCGCUGUGGUGGCUUUUAAGAUGAGCGAGGACAAAUCGCAACACAUCAGUCAAGUGGAUGGAAGUGGCGUGGAACUUGAGCCCUUGAAUAAUUUUGGGAUUUCAAGGAAAGCCCAUUACUAUGACCUGGAUCCAACCAAAGAAUAUGUCAUCCGGUUUUGUAUCAUCGUCAAUGGACGAGCCAUCGCGCGAAGAUCUGAGGUGCUCAAAGUCCAAAAGACCACCGAUAAUGACUAUAAAUCUCCAUCUCCAUCUCCAAUUCAAUCCGGAAGUGAUGAAGCCACCUCAUCCUUGUGAGCAGAAUUAAUCAGUAUUUAGUCAAACCAACGGAUUCUUGCCAUUAUCCCAAAUUGUCUUUGACCGCUUAAAAUGGAAUACACCGUUUUACAGAA